AUGUUCCGUCCAGCAGCAGCCGCCACGCUGCAAACUGGGGAGAAAGCAAAAAUGUUUUGGAAGAGGCCAAGCGAGUCGGAGGGGGUAUACUAUGUUGUCAACAAAAAACAACACCAUCCCAAGCGGCCCAAGGAAAGCGAAUACUUUCAAAUCAACGACCUCCUGCUUGAUCUAGACGACAUGUUCAGCAAGACUGUGCGACCGGUCGAAGAAGAGGACGAUAUACGAGCACUCAAGAAGUGGUCGCGAGAUUACAAGCGAGAGGGAAUUCAAGGAGAGCUUCACAGGCUUGAGCGCACACUUGAGUGGUCAAGGCUUGAAGCUUUUAACAUUCGCUCAGGAUCAUCAAGUUCCUGGCGACUCGGAAGUCAUGACAUUUUCUCCGCUGCUCUACGAGCUCCAUCCGCAACUCCACUGAUCGACCGCUCUGAGGGAUCCACAAAUAUCUUGACUACUUCCAAGACACAGCCUAACACACUCCAUCGCAUUUGCUCCAAGAACGGCAUUUCACAUCAAAUUGUGAACAACGAUCCAUUACUUUUACAGUGGUUGAAAAAGCAAACACAGUUGUCAGAAUCAGAGCAAAUAUCCAAGAAACCUCGGUCGCUUCCGCUUCAGUUCUCAACAGCGUUGAAGAGCCAGGAUUCUAUCACUAGCAUGCGCAGGCUAGUGUCACAAUUGUUGUCAUCGGACCCUAGCAGCAUCAGUUGGUUAUCGACGAACGAUAUGUCAUCGGAUAUUCGCGAUGCUUGUGAAACAUUAUGGAAACCAGAUGUCCUACAGACUUCUUAUGAUCUUCUUAUGUUCCUCGGCAAUCUUGAUCAAAGACUCUUAGCAAGAGAAAGCCACAUAGGAGGGCCUUUAUGUGGAUUUGGGUUAAGGCUCUCAGCGGCAAUCUGCAAACCCUCGGUGACUCGUAAAUAUAUCAGUAUUGGGUCUGAAUCUGGUUACUGGACUGAAUGUGAGCAAGGGUUACGCUACAUUCAUGACAGUCUCGAAACAUAUCUGCGCCAUUUCAGCACGACUUCCUCAUCAACUAGUAUUGGUUUGCUGGACCGGCAGGGACUACUAAAGCUAUUAAUCGGCGACGCCGACCAAGGGAGCACUUCGCUCCAAGAAUCAUUUCGGUCUCUUAUCAUAUCCUAUCUACGGACACAGGGCGAGUCCAAACAAGGCACCAUGCAAACAGCUUUGAGCGCCUACCGAACUUACAUAGUCUUACUCGGCCAUUUGGGUGCGAGAGCUUUGCUCCUGUACGAAAAGCGAGCAUCAGCCACAAUCAAAAACUUACUCAACGAAAAGCAGGGGGAGGUGGGAGGCCAAGCAGAGGCAAUCGUUACCGAAGCCCUGCAAACUGCAGAUAACAUCUCAGUUGUGGCUCCGAGCCACGACGCAGUUUCGACGAAUCUCAACCUGGCUGACUGCGCCAUACUAGACCUGGAGGCCAUCGAAAAGCAGGGGCACCCUCAACGAUGA